AUGUCUGAAAGUCUGGUACUUUUACUCUUUAUAGCCUGCGUACACGGCGCUGCUAUUUGGGAGACACCGAGCAAUCUUCAACCCGUUCAUGGACUCUAUGUUAAGCCUUCGAUUGAUGGAACCACUGGAGAUUUGUACGUUGCAGCCACCGAGGAUAAUGGAGUGAAUUCCCAAUGGCUCACAGACCAGCCUAUAAACUUUCUGGCAGCGGCAUCAGAAAUUGAACCCUCUAUAUUGCCCGCACAAGAAGAAACGCUCACACAGAAAAGAGCAAUUAUAACCACACCUUCUGUUAAUUACGCGUACGCAAUUCCCACGGCUGGGGCUGAAGCAAGUGUAAUCAACCCGUAUACUCUUGCGGUAUCUGGAGUUGAAGAAUCCAAAGCUCAGUGUUCUAACGCCCCGGUACAACCGCACUACUCUCCUUUUCAGUUUUUUUAUCCGCAGAUGCUCUCAACCAUAGCUAAUGCUUUUAACGCGUACAAGGACCCUACGAAGAUUGAAGGUUCCACAACUCAAGCGCAACCAGUGGCCACUUGGCCCCAUACUUACGCUUUACCUUUCCAAUAUGUAAUGGUAGACCCAAAUGCUUGGGCAAGUCAAACAGCUUCAACUAUAACAAAAACACCAGAGUCAGAUUCAUAA